AUGAUUUCAAACAACAGUAAUAGUAAUGACAAUAGUGUAAAGCAAGGUCAUAGCUAUGGUACUCGACGAAAAAGGAAAAUGGAUGCAGAUGCCGAGCUGAAAGCUCACUCAUCAAGCCAUAAUUGCUCUACAGGAGAGACAAGCCUUGAUCCAGCGAUCGAUAACAACAGUAAUCCAACACCUACCAUGAUUGCAAAACAAGCUCAAAUCAAUACUACAAAUGCUGAUAAAUCAUCUUCAAAUCAUGCUCAACAACAUUUAUACUGUAUCUGUCAGAAACCACAUAAUCGAAGAUUUAUGAUUUGUUGCGAUCGAUGCGAAGAAUGGUAUCAUGGCUCAUGUGUUGGCAUUAAUGCUGCAAAAGCUCGCAUCAUGGAAGAACAGAAAGAAGACUUUAUUUGUACAAAGUGUCUCCAAACAUCAAACCAAGUUGAUCCCCUUCCAAUCCAAGUAUCGCGAAAAGAUGAUCAGGCCUCUCAAGAUAUUCCUAACCAAGACAUAAGUAAGAGUACAGAUGAUGAGUUGCCAAAACUUGCUCAUGAUAAGCCAACGGAACAAAUUCAACCAGUUCCAACGGUAAUAGAAAAGAUCGAUGAACCUGAACAGACAGAAUUAAGAUCAAGUAUGAGGAAUCGGAAAAGUAACAAAAGAAAGAGUAUUUCUGAUAACCACAAGCCAACUAAGAUAAAGAGUCAAGCUGAAGAAGAGAAAGUUGAUCAACUGACAACAUUAUCUAAGAUGGAUUCCGAAAAUGAUCAAGUUAUUGAGAAACAUAUAAAAAAAGUUAGACAAGCUAGUACGAGACCUAAGGUAAAUUUCAAAAGUGAUCAGCCUAAAGAACAGACAAAACUUGAUCAUGUAGUUACAAAAGUUAGGAUGGAUACCGAAAGUGAUCAGGUCAAGGGAAUGCAAACAGCUUCAGAUCAAGUUACUGCUAAGUCUAAGGUGAAAUCCGGAAAUGAUCAAGUUAAGAGUAAACAAACAAAAUCCGAUCAUGUAAUUGCAAAAUCUAAAGUGGAAUGCGAAAAUGACCAAGUUAAGAAAAAACUGAUAAGAUCCGAUCAAGCGAUCACAAAAUCGAAAGUGGAAUACGAAAAUGACCAAGUUAAGAAAAAAACAGUAAGAUCCGAUCAAGCAAUCAUAAAAUCUGAAGCCAAUAUUGACAAGAAUCAAGUUAAGAGAAAAUUGGUGAAAUUUAAAGCGGAUUCCGAAAAUGAUCAGAUUAAGAAAAAACCGGCAAAAUCCCAGCAGACAAAUAUAAAGUCUAAAGCGGAAUCUCAAAGCGAUCAAGUUCAGAUAAAGCAUACGAAAUCUGAUCAAACAAUUGCAAAACCUAAAGUAGACUCUAAAAAUGAUCAAGUUAAGGGAAAAUACGCAAAGCAAGAUCAAGUAAUUACAAAAACUAUAACUGAUCCUAAAGAUAACAGAGUCAAGGGAAAAAAAGAUUUACGUGACGGUGGGAGGAAAUCUGUGAAAACUACAGGGGAGCUGCAUUACGAUAGUCCUGUCAGGGAAAACAUCUACAAAGCUUUCCGAGAUAUUUUGUCAAAGGUUGCGGAAAAAAUUGCUAUCCAAAUGAGUGUCGUCAGUAAACUGUCGAAAGAUAUCGAGGAACAAUUAUUUAAUUUGUUUAAUGACACUGGGUCUCGCUAUAAAAACAAGUAUAGAAGUCUAUCGUUUAAUUUGAAGGACGAAAAAAAUAAGGCUUUGGUCGAGCGGAUUUUGCACGGUGAUAUAUCGCCUUCUAAGCUUGUCAGGAUGACCUCUGAAGAACUAGCAAAUAAAGAACUUGCUCAGUGGAGAGAAAAGGAAACCAAAAAAAAUAUUGAGAUGAUCAAACUGGCACAAACGGAAAAUGUUGUUACCGUACUAAAGAAAAAUCAUAAGGGGGAAUUCGUCGUAAACGAUGAGAAAUUUGCUCCAUCUGAGCCUACAGAGCCGAUAAGAGCUUCAUCAAACAGUGAUAGUGACAAUAAAAUUGAUACUACAGUUAAUCACGACAAACAUGUCUUCGAUGUUGACUGCAAGAUAUGCAUCGGUCGGAUAAAACCAAAGCAUGAAGUUCGAAUUAAUACAGUGAAAUCAAUAGAAUCAGAUAUUUCUGGCCCAUCUUUUAGCGACAUGAAUCUUACAGCCAUGACAGAAAUAAAUCAAGAACAUGAUGAUAAUGACGAUAAUGAUAUCUUCUACAAUGAUGGCAAUGAAGAAUAUAUGAAACUGGACGGAAGUGAAGAUCAGUCAAUACUAAAUAGUGAUAUUGUAUGGUCUGGUAUGAUUUCCAUGCCAGGUAUCGCAGAGUUUACGGCUUCGGCAUACAUUGCUCAUGGUUUAAGUGAAGACGUAAUAGAGGAUAUCUUUGUGUUGCGUAUAAAAACUAUUAACAGCGAUGAGCUUGCUGGCUAUAUUUCAUUGCAUUCGUAUCUAAGUACAAAGAGCCGAUGUGCAGUUAUUGGUAAUUGUCCGAAAAUUGUAAAGGAUAUGUACUUAAUUCCUGUUACCUCCAAUUGUCCGCUACCAGGAAGUUUUAAAGGACUUCUAGAUUCCAGAAAUGAGUUAAUAAACGAACGAAGUUUGCCUAGCCAAGAAGAAAUUUGGAAUCGCAAUGAACAAACAGAUUAUACAAGUUAUGAUGAGGGUGGUAUGCGUUCAGAUUUUUCAGAUAGAGGACGACAAUACAUGAAUGAAGACUUUAGACCUGUUGAUAACGAAUAUCACCAUCCUUCCGAUCAUUAUAGUAUGAUAGAUAACAACCAAUUUAGACCACCUCAUCCACAAUGGCGAGAAUCCUUUGUUCCACAUCGGUAUCACGAUUUUGUGCCUCAUCGUGCUGCACAGCAUCCUGAAUAUCAUGGUGGAAGGAUGGGACCUAAUUUUCAUCCAAAUUUCGAUCGUCGUCCUCCCUAUCCUGAAAUGAUCGACCGUAAUAGAUGGCCUAGAGCUAUUGCAACAUAUCAUCGGAGGAAUCGUGGUGGCAGAGAUAGGCGAUUUUAA